UGGUGUACAUCAUUUAUAUGAUAGAUUUUUGAGGUGUCCUGUGAAAAGUCAAAGUUUGUAUUUACUAUAAUCUAUCGUAGAAUGCUCUAGCUGUUUCCUUACAUUAGCCCACGUUCAGCCUUUUAUUCUGUCCACUUCUUUUCAGUAAUGACAAACCACGAGACACUUUGGACUCAACUUUGACCUCGGACUUCUUUGUCUUUAGUUUUUUUUUUUUUUUUCCCUGCUCAGAUCAGUGAUCCCACAGCACAACACGGGGAGGAAGUCGUCCUCCCCUUUUCUCUUCUUAUCUCACCCUCUCAGGGGUGGAGUUUUUUUAGUGUGAAGUAAACCAGAUUCUUUCAAUGAGGCAUUUGUGUGUUGAAUGCAGAGAGGAGUGCACACAGCAGGUAGAGUAGAAGAAGAAGAAGAAGAAGCGCCAGAUGUUCAGCUCCUGAUUGAUCCUGGGAUAAGAUCCCAGCCACAUGCUGCAGAAUCAUUAUGCAACCAGAGGAAAGUAUAGCUUCUUCUCAAGAAAGGCAAACUUUAGCUCACUAAAUUCCCAAACGAGAGGGUGUUUCUGAAACCAGUCCAUAUAGACUCUGCAGGACAUUGGCUUGUGACCGACGGCAAUGGGUUCGCGUCGUCAAACUCUGGCCUGGACGUUCCUCCCAGUGCUUCUACUGGGAAUGGCUUCUUCCUCUCUUGUGAAAGUCAACAAAGGUUUAAAGGUGAAGCGGGGUCAGUCGGCCUACCUUCAGGAGGGUGACCUGCAGUUCCAUAUUCCCCACCAGAAGGACGCCUGCAAGGUGGAGGUGGUGUUGAACGAGCCCAUAACUCAACGAGUGGGAAAGCUCAUGCCUGAGGUGUUUGACUGCCAUUACCUGGCUGAUGAGGUGAAGUACGUCCACAACGGCUGUCCAUUGUUAAAGGAGGACACCGUCAAGCUUCGCUUAUACAGGUUCACAGAGACAGAGACGCACAUGGAGGUGUUUUCUCUUCACGUGGACAUCAUGGAACCAGAAUGCAGUAUCAUCAAGCUGGGGCCCAAGUUCCUUGAGGUUCAUGAGUUCUACAGCCUCUCCGAUCCUGUCGAUGGCAACGUGGUGUCCUUCCACUAUGAAAGGAGGUCUACCCUGGAAUGCAGUGUUCACCUAAGUAGCCAUGACUCCCACCUGCCAGCCCAUGGACAGCUGGUCACCGGAGAGCCGGAGAAAGCCACCAAGAGAGGAGACGAGCCAGAGAGCUUCAUUCCCCUGCGUCAACAGCUGGAUAAUAAAGCCAGAGCGAUGUGUAAAUCUGAGGAUUGUCUGAAGGGUCUGAAACUAGUGAAGUUCACCAAGAUUUCCUGUGAUGACUUCCUGAUGAUGGGGCUACGGUAUCAGCACAUACAGCCUCCAUCUCCAGACAUAGACUACAUCGCAAUCAGACUGGACCUCAAGGACAUUAGAAGUGGCAGCAUAUAUAAGUCCGAACAGGCCUGGAUCCCAGUUCGGAUCAUUGGUGCCAUGCCCAACCAGCCUCCUAAACCAUCCUUCAUGUCUAUGUUUAUCCUGGAAGUAGACCAGUUCAUCCUAACACCCAUGUCCACUGCUACGUUGGAUGCCGAAGAUGAGGAAACUCCUAAGCACCUUUUGGUUUUUAACAUCACUAAACCUCCAGUGGAUGGGUUCAUCACGCACUUGUCCGACCACACACGCCCAAUCUCCUCUUUUACGUGGUUUGAUCUCAAUGACAUGCUCAUUGGGUAUCAACCUCCGAACUCCUCGCAAACCCAACGUAGGAAUUACGAGGUCGAGUUUGAGGUUCACGAUUUUUUCUUUGAGAAGAGCCCGUCAAUGACUGUUCACAUGUCAGUAAGGAAUGCUGACACAAAUGCACCCAGAGUCUCCUGGAACAUGGGUCUCAGCCUGUUAGAGGGUCAGUCUCGUCCGAUAACAUGGGAGCAGUUCCAGAUAGUGGACAACGACAAUUUGAACGCUGUUCGUCUCAUCACGGUGGAUGGCCUUCAGCAUGGACGGCUGACUGUCAGAGGUGGAAAAGGCUUCAUGUUCACAGUCAAAGACAUCAAAGAGGGCGUGGUUCGCUAUCACCACGACGACAGUGACUCCACCAAGGACUUCAUCAUCUUUCGCAUCACCGACGGCCGCCAUCAGACCCGACACAAGUUCCCCAUUAAGGUCCUUCCUAAGGACGACAGCCCUCCUUUCCUCAUCACCAACAUGCUGCUGGAGGUCUCUGAGGGCCACAUGACUCUGUUGAGGGGCUCCACCCUCCAGGCCUCAGACAUGGACUCCAGCGACGAUUACAUCCUCUAUAACAUUACCCGCCCCCCACAGGCAGGAGAGGUCAUGAAGAUCCCAGGACCAGGGCUCACAGGUUAUCCUGUCAGCCACUUUCUGCAGAAGGACCUGUCUCAGUCGAUCGUCUUCUAUCGACACCUUGGGAACGAGGUGUUCGAUGAUUCCUUUGAGGUGGUGCUGUCGGAUUUCCAUGAUCCCCCAAACCUCUCAGAGCCACAAGUGGUGAUGGUGCACAUAGAACCAGUUCCAGACCAACCACCUAAAGAGGUUCCCGGGUCCAGUCGGUGUCUUGUGAUCAAAGAAACUGAAGUGGUUCAUAUAACGCGGCAGCAGCUUCACUUUGUAGAUCAGGAGUCGCCAGACAGCGAGCUGACAUACACCGUUACCACUCCGCCUUUCUAUACCAGUCCUCACAGGAGUCCAGAUGCAGGGAGGUUGUUCCUUGUCGACAGCAUACCUAAAUUCACCAAGGACUCCAAUGCACCAGUGCUGAGGCUCUUCACACAACAUGCCGUGAACUUCAUGAAAGUAGCCUACAUGCCUCCAAUCAUGGACAUCGGUCCGUACCCCCAGCAUAUCCAGUUUGUUCUCUCUGUUACCAACCACCUGGGUAAAACUAUCACCGGGAUCUGCUUUAACGUCACUGUGGUACCAGUGGACAACCAACCACCACAGGUUAUCACAAACCCAUUGUCUGUAGAUGAAGGAGGGGAGUGCUGGCUCGGCCCUGAACACUUACUGGUGUCGGAUGUAGAUUCUGGUGAAGACGCCAUUCGGGUGGAGCUUCAGGGAGAACCACAGCACGGUGCUCUGCAGCUGGGUGGCCAACAUCUAAAACCAGGCCAAACCUUUACCCUGCAAGAUCUGAAAAGCCUUAAAGUUAGGUAUAAUCAUGACAGCUCAGAAACCACAGAGGACCACAUUGAAUUCAUUGCAACCGAUGGCACCAAUGCGUUCAAUUUUGUCCUGCACGUGAAGGUAACACUUAUCAACGAUGAAGUCCCAGUAGUGGUAGCUGAUCUGAAACCAGUUCUGAGCUGUGCAGAGGGACAGGAAAUAGUCAUCACAGCAGAGUACAUCUACGCUACUGAUGCAGACAGCGACAAUGGCAGCCUGGUCUUCUUGAUUGCCCGGCAGCCGUAUCAUGGCGUGGUGCUGCGAAGUGGUGUUGUGGUUGACCGCUUCGUCCAGGCAGACAUCACCGCAGGGAUCAUCACCUACAAACACACAGGAUUGGAGAUUGGACUGUCCCCUCGCCAUGACACCAUCACCUUUGUCAUUUCCGAUGGGGACACAGAGACCUCGGCUUUAUGCUGCGGUGGAGGGAACCCCAUCAGGACCAGAGGCACGGCUCAGCUUCCCGUGUACGACCUCCAGAUCACGGUGUUUCCUGUCGACAGCCAAGCCCCUUCACUAGCUACAGGGGACAUCUUCAUGGUGGAUGAAGGUGGGACUGCCCCAAUUACUACGUCUCAUCUGAAAGCCUCUGACGUGGACACAGUCCUGGAUGAGCUGGUGGUCAAUCUGAUUUCUCCACCCCAGUUUGGCUACAUUGAAAAUGUCCUUCCCAGUCCUGGCUUUGAGAAAAGCAACACAGGCAUCAGCAUAGCUUCUUUUUCAUACAACAACAUCAUUGAGGGUCACAUUAACUACGUGCAGUCCAGACACCAAAGGAUGGAGCCCACAGCCGACCAGUUCAUGCUCUGUGUGUCAGACGGUAAACACAGCUCUGCCCACGUCCCCUUCUACAUCAUCAUCAACCCGACAAACGACGAGGUUCCAGAGUUUGUGGCUCGCAACAUCACAGUACAAGAAGGAGACAUGAAGCAGCUGGACCUGUCGGUGUUGCACGCGAUAGACUUGGACAUCCCCAAGAACAGCCUGAUUUUCAGCAUUGUCAGACCUCCUCAGCACGGCAGCAUCGUCAACCACAUCAGUGGGAAGCCAGUCGGCAGGAGACGUGAAGCCGGUCUUCAAUCCCCUGUGGUUGAUUUCACCAUGACAGAUCUUACAAAUGGUAUGGAUCUGAUGUACAUGCAUGAUGACUCUGAGAGCAUGGAGGACAGUUUUACCAUCAAGCUGACUGAUGGCAGACACCAGCUCCACAGACAGGUGAUGGUCAAGGUGCUGCCAGUGAAUGACGAGGAGCCUCGUGUCAUCAGGAACCUUGGACUACAGGUGGAGCCGGGGGAAACCAGGCUUAUAUCCAGCGUUACGCUAUUUGCAGAGGACAACGACAGCCCCUCUUCAGAUGUCUUGUAUAUCUUUGAGAGUGUCCCGACCCAGGGACUUCUUCAGCUUAAGGAACGUCACUACUGGGUGACUCUGACAGCCGGGGAAAACUGCACCCAGGAGAUGGUGGACAUGAACCUUCUACGUUACAUGCACACAGGCGUCCACCCGGCUAAAAUGCAGGAUUUCUUCGUCUUCCACCUGCUUGAUGGAAAGAAUCAAUCACCUCCACAGCACUUCCAGAUUUCUGUGAAGGAUCUAGAAAAAGGAAACAUUGCCAUUUUCGUGAAACCUGUGAACGUCAGCCGAGGCGACCGCGUCAUUCUCACCACAGAUGUUCUUCUGGCCACGGACGGCACCGAUAAGCCAGAGGAGCUUUUGUACGUCGUCACCCACCCACCGGCUCACGGACACAUAGAGUACAUCAAGCAUCCCGGACUGGUCAUCUCCACCUUCAGCCAGAUGGACAUAGCAGCGAACCUCGUCGCUUACGUGCACGACAACCAAGCCAGCGCGUCCACGGAAACCUUUCAGUUUGUUGUGAGCAAUGGCAAAAUGAGCAGAAAUGGGAGUUUUGAGGUCGGGGUGGAAAUGGUGGACCGUGUCCUGCCGUCUCUGUCCUCCAACAAGGGGCUCACUGUCCCACAAGGUUCUUCCAUGAUCCUGGGCCCCGACUGUCUGUCCAUGUCUGACCCCGACACCCCACCCGGUGCCCUGACCUUUGUCCUCCUGCAGCCCCCACAGUACGGCAAACUGGUCGUAGCCAGUACCGCACUGACCGCCGGUUCAAACUUCACUCAGAGAGAUUUGAAGGAGCUAGCAGUGGCGUACAAACACGAUGGGGGACCAUCACAGAUCGACCGAUUCGCCUUUACGGCCUCUGACAGUACUAAUCGAGGCUUCCUGUUGGAUGGGCGUCUGCACACGGAGCCUGUGUUCUUUACUAUUCAGAUCAAGCCUUUGGAUAAGUCGCCUCCGGAGGUCGUGAAGCUGCUCCCACUCUGGAAGGCAGAGCUUUUAGCCGACGGCCGGUUUGGUAUUUUUCUGUCUUCUCGUGAGCUGAAGGCCCGGGACGGCGACAGUAGGGACGAAGAACUGAUAUUCUGCAUCGUUCGUCCACCUUACUUUGGGUACCUGGAGAACAUCACUACAGGUAGAUUUGCGCCUCAGCGCUUCCCUCAGGUAGAGCUGAACAAAAGAACCAUCGUCUAUGUCAUCAAUCCGGACAAGGAGACUCUCUCAGACAGCCUGGAGUUCAGAGUGUCUGAUCCUCUGGGCAACACAGGGCCCUCUCACAUGCUUGAGUUCAGGUGGUCCAGUGUGGAGUUGUCUCAGCCCGAGUACUCUGCGUGCGAGGAGCAGGGAGCUAUCGGGCUGGACGUCAUCCGAAAGGGGAACUUGGCAGAGUCGUCGUAUAUCACCUUAAAGGUAAAGGAGGCGACGGCAGCCGCGGGAAAAGAUUUCAUCCUAAACCCUUCGUCACUCAUUCAGUUUGAUCCAGGAGUGUCAAAGCGGAGCUGGCAAACUGAGAUCGUCCAAGAUCACCUCGAGGAGGCUGAGGAGACGUUUGAAGUGCUGCUGGUGUCACCUGUAGGCGCUGUAAUUGGCAGCAUUAGCAAGGCUCAACUCACCAUCAGGGACUCAGGAAGAGGUCAGUGCAGGUUAAACCAGGAUCAGAGGGCUCCUGUGCUUGGAGGAAAAGAGAUCCGGUCUGACACGUACCCCCAACAUGGCUCCAUCCAGCUCGAGAAACUUCCCCUCGGCACAGAAUCCGUCAUCUGGACACGUGGAGACGGCAUCCCCGUGCCGGAUUCAAGCCUCCCAAAAAAGAAACUCAGAGUCGUGGGCAAUCCAAAAUCAAUUGCGCCAUCAUCGGUUUUCCAUAAUGGGACAGACUUAGUUUACACCUAUCAUGGCAUUAUGCAAAUGCAAGUAGAAGAUGAGACCUCCCCCUCCAGAAAGGGCAGAAAGGCAAACAUCCAGGUGGUCAGCAGGGGGGCGCUGCAGCAGAUGUCAGCGAUGGAAGCUAAAUCCAGACCGGAUCCUCCAAGAAAGCAUGCAAGGCCUCUGAAAACUGGACCGGCGAAAGGAUAUGCUCCACCAGAUAACUCCACCCCCAAGCCCUGUCUUCCAGAACUGAUGGGAUUCCUUCACUUCAACCAAACCGCCAAUCAGCUCUAUCACUGCAACGGUGUCUCCUGGAAACCUUGGGCCCCAACAGAUCAGAUGGUGAGCGCUCAGACGUGUCCUCAGGGCUGGACCUUUCACGGCGGCCAUUGUUACAUCCUCAGCGCUGAGCGUAAGGUCACGUGGAGCACAGCCAACAGGGCCUGCAGGGAAAGAUACAAAGGAACCCUCGCGAGUGUACUCUCUAAAGUCGACAUGGACUGGCUGUGGGACUUCAGUGGGAGAAAACCAUUCUGGAUAGGCCUGAAUGACAGGGAGGGUCGAGGACGCUGGGAGUGGGCGGGCGGCGAGCCGGUCGGCUACACCAACUGGAGGAAGGCGCCCCCUCGGUCCAAAAUCAAGGGAGGCAAGAAGUGCGUGCUGGUGUGGAGGAGGGCGAAGUGGCAAAUCAGGGACUGCAAGACGAGCAGGGGCCAUCGGUUUGUGUGCUCGGUGUGA